AUGUCGGCUCAGAACUCCGCGGGCAUUCAAACCCUCCUCGAUGCCGAGAGAGAGGCUCAGAAGAUUGUGCAACAAGACCGUACCAAGCGGAUAAGAGAGGCUAAGGCCGAGGCUCAGAAGGAGAUCGAGGAGUACCGCAGCUCCAAGGACGAGGAAUACAAGAAGUUCGAGGCCGAGCACUCCAGCGGGUUCAAGAAGGCCGAGGAGGAUGCCAACAAGGAGGCUGAAGAGAAGCUCAAGGAGAUCCAAUCUGCCGGCCAGAAGCAGGGCGACAAGGUCGUGGAGGAUUUGAUCAAGGCCACCACUGAUGUGAAGCCCGAGGUUCCUGAGAAGAUUGUUAAGGCAUAG